GCACACCCGACUCCUCGCGACCGUCUCGCAGCCGCAACCAUGGACUACGACAUGCUGGGGAUGGACGCCGUCGACGGCGUGCAAGUGAAGAUCCGCGAGGCGGACAACGUGGCGGUGGACUUUGUGCUGAAGAACGUGGACCUGGCGUUUGCGAACUCGCUGCGGCGGGUGAUGCUGGCCGAGAUCCCGACCAUGGCCAUCGACCUGGUCGAGGUGGAGAAGAACACGUCGGUGCUGGCCGACGAGUUCCUGUGCCACCGGCUGGGCCUGAUACCACUGAACUCGAAGAACGUCGACGACGUGCUGUACACGCGCGACUGCGACUGCGAGCAGUACUGCGAGCAGUGCAGCGUCGUGCUCAGCCUCAACGCGCGCUGCACCGGCGACGAGGUCAUGACCGUCUAUGCGCGCGACCUCGUCGUCUCCGAGUCCCGCGCUAACGAGUGGGUGGGCUCGCCCGUCAUCACUGACCCGGACGGCCAUGGCGCCAUCAUCUGCAAGCUGCGCAAGGGCCAGGAACUCAAGAUGAAGUGCAUUGCGAAGAAGGGUAUCGCCAAGGAGCACUCCAAGUGGGCGCCCACGGCCGCCAUCGGCUUCGAGUACGAUCCGUACAACAAGCUCCGCCACCUGGACUACUGGUUCGAAGAGGACCCCGUUGCCGAGUGGCCCAUCUCCGACAACGCGCAAUUCGAAGGCGACCCCCCCCAAAAAGGCGACAGUUUCGACUACGACGCGGCGCCGAGCCAAUUCUACUUCAACCUCGAAACAGUCGGCGGCCUCGAGCCCGACGUCAUCAUGCAGCAGGGCAUCCGGGUGCUGCAGCAGAAGCUGGCGGCCGUGAUCCAAGAGCUCACGGGGUCGGGCAGCGGCGGCGGCGGCAUGCCGGGCGAGAUGGACGGGGCGGGCUUUGGCGGCGCGCGCAGCCCGGACAUGGGCGGUGCGGGCACUGCGUACGGCGGCGCCGGCCUCGACCAGGGCUUCACCACGCCGUAUGGCGCGCCGGGCGCUGGCGGCGGGAGUGUCUGGGGCGGCGCGGCUACGCCGUUUGGUGCCCAGCCGUAUGGCGGUGGUGGGGCGGGGUGGUAGGAUCGAAUCGUCUGAGGAGAAAGAGAGCGUCGUGGCUUGGCUUGGCUGCAUGUCCGACGGCAACUUCAUUACUCGGAUGAACCUAUGGAGAAAUGGAUGCAUGGACGAGCCGCUGAUGGAGAGCGCGGUAGCGGAAGCGAGAGACUGGCAAGCAAGCAACCAAGGCAAGCGGCAGUGCAAGCGCAGGCGCAGGCGCGCUUGAGACCAAGACCAAGAUCAAGAUUGGGCGCAGUUGCAGUGGUUGCGUGGGUGGCUGGGUGUAGGAGUAGGAGUACAGACCGAAGCGAAGGGAAGCAAAAGCAAAAACGGAAAGGAAAGGAGAGAAAGCAUAAAGAAAGGAAGGAAGGAAAGAAGGAAGGAAGGAAGGAAUGACCCCGUUCCCUUUGAGUUGAAGUACGGAUCCGUAUACACACAUACAAAUUAAGAUAAGAUAGAUAAUGGAUGAAUGGAUGAAUGAAAGAAUGAGAGAACGAAUGAAAGAAAGGAAGGAA